GCCUUUCCAUUUCCCAACUACGAGCCCCGAGUUUGUACAUGGGGCUGCUCGGCGGCGCCUGCAGCUGAGGGAGAACGGCAGUGGCGGGCGGUGGCGCGGAGGCGGCCGAGGUGCGAGCCGGCUUUUUGCAGCCAUCUGAUAUCCAGAGGUUAUUAGCUCAUUGUUAAGAGUUGGGGACUAAAACCUUGAAGCUCUGAUUCCAUGUUCAGCUUCACUGUAGCUGUCUUGUACCUGAUCUUCGUGUCUAUGUCUUUCCUGUUGACUGGUCAUAUUUUCUAGAGAAGACUCUUCACAUCUGCCUGGAAGCAAUGCAGCAAGUCUUGGAAAACCUCACAGAGCUGCCUUCAUCUACAGGAGCAGAAGAAAUUGACCUAAUUUUCCUCAAGGGGAUUAUGGAGAAUCCUAUUGUAAAAUCACUUGCCAAGGCUCAUGAGAGACUAGAAGAUUCAAAACUAGAAGCUGUCAGUGACAAUAACUUGGAAUUAGUCAAUGAAAUUCUUGAAGAUAUCACUCCUCUAAUAAAUGUGGAUGAAAAUGUGGCAGAACUGGUUGGUAUACUCAAAGAGCCUCACUUCCAGUCACUCUUGGAGGCCCAUGAUAUUGUGGCAUCAAAGUGUUAUGAUUCACCUCCAUCAAGCCCAGAAAUGAAUAAUUCUUCUAUCAAUAACCAGUUAUUACCAGUAGAUGCCAUUCGUAUUCUUGGAAUUCACAAAAGAGCUGGGGAACCAUUGGGUGUAACAUUUAGAGUUGAAAAUAAUGAUUUGGUAAUCGCCCGAAUCCUUCAUGGAGGCAUGAUAGAUCGACAAGGUCUGCUUCAUGUGGGAGAUAUCAUUAAAGAAGUCAAUGGCCAUGAGGUUGGAAACAAUCCAAAGGAAUUACAAGAAUUACUGAAAAAUAUUAGUGGAAGUGUCACCCUAAAAAUCUUACCAAGUUAUAGAGAUACCAUUACUCCUCAACAGAGUUGCAAGAGUAUGGAGCGACAUCCAGCACACGUCCGUCAGGUAUUUGUGAAGUGUCAUUUUGAUUACAAUCCAUACAAUGAUAACUUGAUACCCUGCAAAGAAGCAGGAUUGAAGUUUUCCAAAGGAGAAAUUCUUCAGAUUGUAAACAGAGAAGAUCCAAAUUGGUGGCAGGCUAGCCAUGUAAAAGAGGGAGGAAGCGCUGGUCUCAUUCCAAGCCAGUUCCUGGAGGAGAAGAGAAAGGCAUUUGUUAGAAGAGACUGGGACAACUCAGGACCUUUUUGUGGAACUAUAAGUAGCAAAAAAAAGAAAAAGAUGAUGUAUCUCACAACCAGGAAUGCAGAAUUUGAUCGUCAUGAAAUCCAGAUUUAUGAGGAGGUAGCCAAAAUGCCUCCGUUUCAGAGAAAAACAUUAGUUUUGAUAGGAGCUCAAGGUGUGGGCCGAAGAAGCUUGAAAAACAGGUUCAUAGUAUUGAAUCCCACUAGAUUUGGAACCACAGUGCCAUUUACUUCACGAAAACCAAGGGAAGAUGAAAAAGAUGGGCAGGCAUAUAAAUUUGUGUCACGAUCUGAGAUGGAAGCAGAUAUUAAAGCUGGAAAGUAUUUGGAACAUGGGGAAUAUGAAGGAAAUCUCUAUGGAACCAAGAUUGAUUCUAUUCUUGAAGUUGUCCAGACUGGACGAACUUGCAUUUUGGAUGUCAACCCACAAGCACUGAAAGUGUUGAGGACAUCAGAGUUCAUGCCAUAUGUGGUAUUUAUUGCUGCUCCAGAACUAGAGACUUUACGUGCCAUGCACAAGGCUGUAGUGGAUGCAGGAAUCACUACCAAACUUUUAACGGACUCUGACUUGAAGAAAACAGUGGACGAAAGUGCACGAAUUCAGAGAGCAUACAACCACUAUUUUGAUUUGAUCAUCGUAAAUGACAAUCUAGACAAAGCCUUUGAGACACUACAAACUGCCAUUGAGAAACUGAGAAUGGAACCACAGUGGGUCCCAAUCAGCUGGGUUUACUGAUAAUUCAGUAAGGUUAACAAUUAAAAUAAAACUUUUAAAAAGUGACUGUAAGAAAUAAACCUUCUCCUGAGAAAAUACAUGCACAGAUAGAA